CGUCGAAUUUGUAAUAUAUCCAAUGUAGCAAGUCUGGGUAGUUUUGUAAGGACGGCGUGAACACGAACCUGGAGUCUGCUCCUAGAUUGUUCGAAAAUCAAGCACAAAACUGUCUGAAAGAGAAGCUAUAUGGCGGUACCUAUUCGAACUGUUCGAAUCGAACACCAAAAUACCGUUGGUCCAGUUAAAGAGUUCCGGGCGAAUUUCGUGGUAGAACAUUUCCGUUUCGUUCACAUCUCUCGUAAUCACCGCGGUCGUCGGUUCCACGCGGCCCAGUGUAGAAAUAAUGCACAUAAUGCACGCGGUAUUUACGAAAACCGCAGCGGUCGAUUGCAUCGUCGUGAAUAACAACAACAACAACAACAACAACAAUAACAUACGACGCCCGAACCGUAGGCUCCUCGGACGUUGAGCGCCGGCGUGUACGAUUGGUCACCUAUCUGGGACGGCGUUCGGCGAUGGGCUUUUAUUUUUUUUUUUUUACGAUUUAAUUUGGGUGAAUUUUAUCAAUUUCGUAUCGAUGAUUUAUUACGAUCGUUGAGUACCGUCGUGGUGUGGGUGCUACUUGUAGCGAAUGCGAAAAACGAUAGCGGAGGAGCGUGCGCGGACGCGGAGAGGACGGGAGGAGAAUAAUCGUAAAAUAUUCGUAGUAAAACGUGUCUGCAGGACGUCUGCGGCUGUUUGAUCAGCCGGUCAGAGUGCGCAGUGGGGACCGGCGGGGCGCACUCGCGAGUUUUCGCCAAAUAUUUGUUUUGCCCGUGGCCGUAUUCCAAAUCGUCGGUUUUCGACGCAUUUUUCCGUACAAACCGUUUUCGAGUUCCACGAAUACGCACACAGUCGGCAUAUUGUUACUGUCGACUGUCGUCGUUAUAGGUAUAAUGCCUACCCGUGUAAUGCGCACGCGCCGGCUGACGGGCGCAUCGUCGCGAUAAUAAUACGCGCGCGUGUCGGCGGGAGACACAUUGACGUCAGCGUGGGUGGGCGUGUCGUUUAUAAUAUUAUGCACCUUAUCAAUAACAGUCGCAGCAGCAGYAAUAAUAAUAAAUAAUAAUACUGUUAAUAAUAAUAAAAUUUUGUAGUACGUCUGUGCGUGUUAUUAUUGUUGUAAUAAAAUAUAAUAAUGAUUUUAUUAUURUCAUGGUAUAGGUGGUAGCUGCGGUGGCGGAAUCGACUAGCUGUUUUCAAGUGUUCCGACGGCGUUCGCGGGCGAGUGUUUUACGAAUGUAAUCGCAAUUAUAAUAUUAUUACAAUGGAUACGUACUAUUAUUAUUAUCAUUAUUAUGGUAGCGAUAUUGUACGACCCCGCGCGAGCAUGUGCACCGGACGCGGAGUCGUUUUUCCGGUCAAACGCAGUCGCUCCGUCGUCGGAAACGGUCUUCCGGUGCGCGGUUGAUCGGCUCUAGCUGUCGUUCCGUAGUAAUAAAAAUCGUGUGAUUGAUUCUCAAUAUUUCUCAUCCAUUCCGGUCCGACAUGGCUUGCGAAUCUUCCACUCGCGUUCUGUUUGUCACUGCGAACAUUGGGUCGAUAUUCGAAAAUCCAAGUGUGAUGUUAAAAAUAUGGACUGAAGAAUUUUUAAAUACUGUGAGCAGAUUGGAUCCAUAUUUUAUUGCAUUGCAUUGUCAAGAGGUUGGUGGGAAAAAUUAUGAAGAAAGUAUGAAACACGUCAAUUUUUUUGUUAGUUUGUUGAUGUCAAGCAAAGAAUUAAGGAUCUUCAACAGAGCUCAAGUAUUUCUUGAUGAAGAAUUCACAUCAGCUGAAAAUUUUACAGUAACUAGCCAAAUACCUGUAUACUUGAAAUGUGACAUUAAGAACAAUGCAGGUAUAGUGGACAGAGUGGAUUGUGCUUGUAAGCUUAACCGUGUGCCUCCUGAAACCCAAAAUCCGUUGCAUGCUUUAUUGGGUGAUCAUUUAUGUGUAGAUUCAAAUGAAUGYUGUAUUCCAGUAGUAGAUACAAUUAUACCAGAUAUAGAUGUAUUAGGUGAAGUUAAAAUCCCUCCAGCACCAUCUACAUCCACAGAUGAUAAUAAACUUGGCAAUGUUUCUUUAACACGAAAUUAUACCGAAAGUCAUUGCAAAACAAAUAAGCCGUUUACUUGUGGAUUAUUGCGUAAAAAAAUAUCUGACAAACAUGGAACACAUAAAAGCAUAUUUCCCGUAACUAAUUGCAUUUGCAAAACACACAAAUGGAAAUUUCCGACGAUCAUGCAAAAAGCUUGGAAGCAUAAUAGACGUAUCAGGCUCAAAUCAAUUCCUAGUUUCAAUAAUAUGCCUUUACAAAGGUAUCAAAGCCAUCAUAGUUCAUCGGACGAAGAUUGGUUUGAGGAAAUUGCCGAUGAUGAAACUAAUAAUUGUGAUGACAAGAAAAACAAAUGCAAUUCUAAUUCAAACAAAACUCUCGCUAAUGAUGAUAAUUGUCCUAUUAAUUUUGACAACCAAUCUGAACAAGUAGCUACGAACAAAUUUAAAUGGUGUUCUUCUUUUGCAUUUAGAAAAUUUUGCGAGAAACAACCAUUAACAGAAACAAAGAUAGCCCGUAGAGAUCCUACAACUUCUUGUCGUAUUAUAUAAUCAAAUUGUCUUGCCAUACUUGACCUUAAUUAUUUGUAAAAUAAUUAGAGAUAACCUUUAGAAUUACUAUACCUAACUAUGACUUGAUAUGUAUGUACAUAAAAUAGUGAUUACUUUUUUAAUCAUUGUAUGAUUUGUGAAAACGUAGUGUGACUGUGAUAAUGUACAUUAAACUUAUAUCUACAGUACAGAGGCAAUUAAAAAUAGCAAAAUAGUAAUCUGAUAAAACUAAUAAAAUUUAGUUCAGUUAAGUAAAAUUGGAAAACAAAAUAAA